AAGCGUCCAGGUUUUAUUUCUAUUGCUAGACGGUCGGGAUCUCCCCAACAACUCGGAGCCGCCCCGUAGUCAGCUCACGCGGAGCCCCGGGUGCUCGCCCUUCUCUUCCCGCCUGUCCAAGCGCUUCGUUGAAGCUGGAAGAGCCUCUAUUAUCCUCAUAAUAAAUAGAAUUCGAGAGAGGCUGCAGCGAAUGAAGCCUAUAAAAGAGAAGGCGUGUCGAAGAUUCAGAAAAUCUGCCAAGACGAGGAGGGUGACCCAGGGGAAGCCAUCUUCAGGGCCUGUAUGCCGGCUAUGCCUCCAAGAACCUGGGGAUCCUGAAAAAUUAGGGGAAUUUCUUCAGAAAGACAAUCUCAGCGUGCACUAUUUCUGUCUUAUUCUAUCUAGCAAGCUGCCUCAGCGGGGCCAGUCUAACAGAGGUUUCCACGGAUUCCUGCCUGAAGACAUCAAAAAGGAGGCAGCCCGGGCUUCUAGGAAGAUCUGCUUUGUGUGCAAGAAAAAGGGAGCUGCCAUCAACUGCCAGAAGGAUCAUUGCGUCAGAAACUUCCAUCUCCCUUGUGGCCAAGAAAGGGGUUGCCUUUCACAAUUUUUUGGAGAGUACAAAUCAUUUUGUGAAAAACAUCGCCCAACACAGGACAUCCACCGGGGGAAUGUGGGAGAGGAAAGCUGCGUCUUGUGUUGUGAAGACUUAUCCCAAGCAAGUGUUGAAAACAUCCAGAGUCCAUGCUGUAGUCAAACUAUCUACCACCGCAAGUGCAUACAGAAAUAUGCCCACACAUCAGCAAAGCAUUUCUUCAAAUGUCCACAAUGCAACAAUAGAGAAGAGUUUCCUCAAGAAAUGCUAAGGAUGGGAAUUCACAUUCCAGACAGAGAUGCUGCCUGGGAACUCGAACCAGGGGCUUUCUCAGAGUUGUAUCAGCGCUAUCAGCAUUGUGAUGCCCCCAUCUGUCUGUAUGAACAAGGCAGAGACAACUUUGAGGACAAAGGGAGGUGGAGCCUUGUUCUAUGUGCUACAUGUGGAUCCCGUGGAACCCAUAGGGACUGCUCCUCUCUUAGAUCCAACAGUAAGAGAUGGGAGUGUGAGGAGUGUGCACCUUCGCCUAAAGUCACAGACUACAUAUCUGAAAACUCAGGUGACAUCCCCUGCUGCAGCACCUUCUACUCUGGGGGGCAUGACUGCAGAGACACCAGCCUGGAAGAGAAUUCGGGCCCUUCUUGGACUGAUUGGCCAGAACCUUCUUUAUUAGAAAAACCAGAAUCCUCUGGUGGCAGGAGGGGCCACUCCUGGUGGUCCAAGGGUGUCAAAAUCACUAAAAGCUGCAACAAAUACAAGUAACAGCUUCUAAGUAGUUGCUGCCAAGCACAUUUGGUUACAAAGCUGUGCUCCUCCACCAAGUUUGGGAAGGGAGCCCUUUGGGACUGUAAGACCAGGAAAGGGGGGCAGCAGUGAGACUAUGAACAAGGAAAGAGAAGUCCCAGAUGCCAACCGCAGUACAUGUGUAUGGCUAUGGUAGCUAGCACCUCUGCUCUUUCUGUCUGAUUCCCAGAAGGCCCUCUCUUCUCUUCUUCCACCAAGAUUGUUCCACCCUCAUCUGGUGCUCAUAUGCCUCUCUUACUUCACCCAGGUUUGUUAUGCAAAUAAAGGCUUUCUCUCCAUUGGUGUCUCCUUAUAAAUUCACUCUGGAUUUUAUCUAGCACAGUAAGGAAUCUGGAGGGUAGAAUGAGGGAAUAGGAAAACUAAAAUUCAAAGAUUUAAAUGUAGAAUUUUCAAUUUAGAACAUAGACACAAUGCUUUGGAGGGAAGUAUUUUGCAGGGAAAUCGACUUUAUAGAGACAGAUGUCAUCAUUGUGCAAAUAAACACACAGGUUCUCAUUAGGGAGGUGAGCCAGCAAAGGAGUCCACACUGGACUGAGAAUAGGCCACUACUACAAGGCCUGGGGCCGUGGACUCAGACAGGAGCAGGGACUGCCGUGCUCAUGUGGGGCAGAAGGGACUCCACUAACCUCCACAGCAUGAGUGAAGACACACCUCCACACACACCUUCUCAGCCUGGUGGCUCGGGCAUUUCCGGCAGGUGGGGAGCCAGGCCAAGACAGUUACAGUAAGCAGGCAGCUAGGAUGAGAAUCUGGCUGAAGGUCUUGGAAGAAAUGGAAUAGAACCUAUCUCAGGUUUGUUUGUUUAUGAUGAUUUUGUGUGAUUUGGAUUAGUAGGGCGAACUCAGGACCAGCACUAGAUAGUGAGUUCUAGGGGCUCACUGGGUCAUUGUCACUAACGGCAGAGGAUGGGGUUUUUGAUUCAAAUAUUGCUGUUCCUGGAGAUUUAUAUCGAGUUGUGCAUGGUGCUCGCCUUCAGAUUUGAACAGUUUCACUUGGAAUCACACGACAGUGGUAGGGGAUUGUAAUUUGUGUCUUUUUGUUAUUUAAGUAUAUAAACAAAGUAAUAUAGACUUAAAAAUCUUAAAGAAGCACAAAAAGGAUUAUAAUGAAAAAUAGUCUAUUGACUCACCCUUCCUACUCUUAGUCCUCCCUAAAGGCAACAACUUUCCACUUCUUUUAGCCACUUCUUUCUUUAGGAAUCUUAGACAUUAUUGACUUCCUAUUAUGUUACAUAAAGUUCUACCACCUUUAAACCUUCCCCUUUUCAUUCUAUUUUAUAAUUGCAUCACCAUUUUUAAGCCAGGCAAUAUACCAUGAUUGUUUUUCCUCUCCUGUACAUUUUUUAGUGAAAUAAAUACCUGCCUUUUUAUAAAAUAUAUUUUUAUUGAUUUCAGAGAGGGAGGGGGAGAGAGAGAGAGAGAGAGAGAGAGAGAGACAUUAAUGAUGAGAGAGAAUCAUUGAUCGGCUGCCUUCUGCACGCCCCCAACUGGGGAUCGAGCCCACAACCAGGCAUGUGCCCUUGACCGGAAUCGAACCUGGGACCCUUCAGUCCACAGGCUGAUGCUCUAUCCACUGAGCCAAACCAGCUAGGGCACCUGCCUAUUUUUUAUUUGCUAUAUACCCAUGGGUAAUUCUUCCCAAAUGUUUCACAUGAUCAAUUACUUCAAAAUACAAUUUUCCUCAUAGUCCAAGUAUCAGAUCACUUCAGUUGCACUUCUUUUCUGGAAGAUCUGCCUCUGAGAACCUACUCCUUCUGAGCUGCUGCUUCCUGGGCCUGCCACACAACUAUCAACCUAGGCCUGCCCAUGACUAUGCCCUCUUUCUCUAUUUUCUCUCCCAUGAGUUCAAGGACUCCGUGCAAUAAUUCCUACCCUAGCUGUCCAAGGACUCUGUGUCAAAGCUCUGCAAGUGAUGAGGUUUUUUAAUGUGGACUUUUAUUUCACAAACAGUAUUUUGCUUGUCUUGAAGAAUCAACUCUUGCAGUGAUGAUUCACAACUGAAAAGACACUUUCAAGAUUAAGACUUUAGUUUCUUAAUCUAGAGUUUCUCCAGGCAUAUUCCCAGACAUCCGGGGUAGUAUAUUUUCCUUUAAAAAGAGUUAAUUUGUAUACUAAAGUGUGAGAAACAUCAUCUUAACUGAAAGUAAUGGUCUUCUAACAGUGCCCUCUGGACUCCAGCUGCAGUGGGUGGGAGGUGGAGCUUAUGGCAGGGGAAGUAGGGAUAAGUGGUCCUUUUUGUCACCCAGACAUUCAGUACCCGAUCUCCAUGUGCAGUUGGUACAUAUACACACACACACAUGCACCUCACAUCUAUUAACUAUUUCUUACACCUUUAUUCUCCAUUGAUGUGAAUAGCCAACCUCAUUGUUAUAGGCUAUUCUUCAUCUGGGCCUAAUAAUAAUCAGUCAUUCUCUACUAGAUAAUUUGGCUUUUUUUCUUAAAUAAACUUUUCAUUUGGGAUCGUUUUAGAUUUACAGAAAAUUUGUGGAAGUAUUAGAGGGGGUCCCCAUUUAUCCCAAACCCAGUUUCCCCUGUUAGUAACAUCUUACAUUAGUGUAAUACAUUUAUCACAAUUAAUGAACCAAUGUCCAUACAUUGUUAUUAACUAAAGCCCAUACUUCAAUCAGAUUUCCU